AUGGACAUCAAGAACGAGGCGGCCUGGCUCGUGGCCGAGAAGGCUCGGCCCUUGCAGGUCAGACCGGCGCCGCCGCCGCCGCCGAACCUGGCAGCGAACGAGGUGGUGAUCAAGGUCGCGUUCGCGGCGGUGAACCCGACGGACUACAAGAUGCAAGACGCGCCGUACUUCAGGGUCGAGUACCCCUUCAUCCUGGGCACCGACGUCGCCGGCACCGUCGUUCGGCUUGGCUCCGACGUGACCAGGUUCAGGAUCGGCCAGCGCGUGAUCGGCCACUGCGACAGCCUGCUGACGCACAAGCCCGCCCGCGCCGGCUACCAGCUGUACACGGUGUGCCGCGAGCGGCUCGUGUGCGCCGUCCCGGACGACCUCCCGCUGGCCAACGCUGCGGUCCUGCCGCUCGGCGUCGACACGGCCGCCGCGGCGCUGUUCCAGAACCUGGCGCUGCCGCUGCCGCUACCGCUGACGCCCGGCCCGCAGCCCACGGGCCGGACGGUCCUGGUGUGGGGAGGAAGCUCGUCCGUGGGCGGCUGCGCCGUGCAGCUGGCCGUCGCCGCGGGCAUGCGCGUCGUCACCGCGUGCGGCGCGUCCAACUUCGAGUACGUCAGGAGCCUGGGCGCCUCCGAAGCCUUCGACCACCGAAGUCCGGACGUCGUCGAGCAGAUCGCAAAGGUGCUCAAGCACGGCGACUGCGUCGUGGACUGCAUCGGCAGCGCGGAAACCCAGCGCGCGUGUGGCAAGCUUCUUGGAGACAUCGGAGGUGGCACGCUACCGAUUGUGCUGUGGCCGCAGGCUACGUUCCCCUCCAACGUUCAGCCUGUUCUAGUCAACGGACUUGCCCCGGGUUUCACAGAGGACGAGUUGAAAGGGGCUUGGGGCACGGGUGCUCCGGAGAUUGGGCAGGCUGUGUGGCACGACUUCAUGCCCACUGCCUUGGAGACCGGGAAGUUCCUUGCUAAACCAGACCCGGUCAUUCUCCGGGGCGGUCUAUCGAAGGUUCAGGACGGCAUUGACAUGCUGAGGAAGGGUGUGUCGGCGCAGAAAGUCGUGAUCGAAAUCGCGGGCGAGCCGUGAGAUUGCUAACAAGGUACACGCGACAAGACCGCUGUGUGCUGGUCCUAGUGGUAAAAGCUGGUCUA